CUGACGGGGAGGAGGGGUUGAGAACGCUGGUUUUGGUUCCUGGAGGAGUUACAGGUUGGAAUCUGCUUGCCUAGCCUUGCAUCGUAGUCGCGCCCCAGUUCACCCCAGAACCUUGAUGGUACAGGCACGAAAGGGUGCGGAGCAGUUUGCAUAGCUCCACAUCCACACGGAACGCCGAGGAGGGAAGGAGGGGGCAGAAAGGCAGGUCCCGCCUCCCGGGUCCGCGUGCACACACACGCCCACCGCGGCUGGGCUGGCGGAGCGCGGGCGAGUGAGCGCGGGCGAGGGUGCGCACGCCGCGGAGCCACUCUGCCCUCUCCUCGCACCGUGCCCAGGACGUCUUGAGAGCCUGGAAGCGUGCACAGGCUUAAAGUAUGGCAUGUUGCAAAGAUGGUUUCUGCCCAGAAGGUGCCUGCGAUCGUACUGUGCUCAGGAGUCAGUUUCGCCCUCCUGCACUUCCUUUGCCUGGCGGCUUGUUUAAACGAAUCUCCAGGACAGAACCAAAAGGAGGAGAAAUUGUGCCCGGAAAAUUUUACCCGCAUCCUGGACAGUUUGCUAGAUGGUUAUGACAACAGGCUGCGUCCUGGAUUUGGGGGUCCUGUUACAGAAGUGAAAACUGAUAUAUAUGUCACCAGCUUUGGACCUGUUUCUGAUGUUGAAAUGGAAUACACAAUGGAUGUGUUCUUCAGACAGACGUGGAUUGACAAAAGACUAAAGUAUGAUGGACCCAUUGAAAUUUUGAGAUUGAACAAUAUGAUGGUAACAAAAGUAUGGACCCCUGAUACUUUCUUCAGGAAUGGAAAGAAAUCUGUCUCACAUAAUAUGACAGCUCCAAAUAAGCUUUUUAGAAUUAUGAGAAAUGGCACUAUUUUAUAUACAAUGAGACUCACCAUAAGUGCAGAGUGUCCCAUGAGAUUGGUGGAUUUUCCCAUGGAUGGUCAUGCAUGCCCUUUGAAAUUUGGGAGUUAUGCAUAUCCAAAGAGCGAGAUGAUCUACACCUGGACCAAAGGUCCUGAGAAGUCAGUAGAGGUGCCCAAGGAGUCUUCCAGCUUAGUUCAGUAUGACCUGAUUGGGCAAACAGUGUCAAGUGAAACGAUCAAAACGAUUACAGGUGAAUACAUUGUAAUGACAGUUUACUUUCACCUCAGAAGAAAGAUGGGCUAUUUUAUGAUUCAGACAUAUAUUCCAUGCAUCAUGACAGUGAUCCUUUCUCAAGUUUCAUUCUGGAUAAAUAAGGAGUCCGUUCCAGCUAGGACUGUAUUUGGGAUAACCACCGUACUCACUAUGACCACACUGAGCAUCAGCGCCCGCCAUUCUUUGCCCAAAGUGUCCUAUGCUACUGCCAUGGAUUGGUUUAUAGCUGUCUGCUUUGCUUUUGUAUUUUCGGCCCUUAUUGAGUUUGCUGCUGUCAACUAUUUCACCAACAUCCAAAUAGAAAAAGCCAAAAAGAAGACAUCAAAACCUCUUCUGGAAACUCCAGCUGCUCCAGUGCUUAGAGAAAAGCAUCCUGAAACAACUCUGCAGAAUACAAAUGUCAAUUUGAACAUGAGAAAAAGAACAAAUGCCUUGGUGCACUCAGAACCUGAUGUCAGCGACAGAACUGAGGCGGGAAACCAUUCCAGCAAAUCUGCUACCAUCGUUCAGGAAUCUUCUGGAGGAGCCACCCCUAAGUCGUACUUGGCUUCCAGUCCAAACCCAUUCAGCCGGGCAAAUGCAGCCGAGACGAUAUCUGCAGCGAGAGGCCUCCCUUCUGCGGCCUCUUCUACUCCCAGUCGGACGAGGUGCGAGUCGCGACAAGGGUCCCUUGCACCUGCUUCUACUCGCCCUGCCUUUGGGUCCAGACUGGAGCGGAUUAAGACCAAGGUCAAUACCGUUGGGGCUUCUGGGAAGCUGUCAGCUGCCACUCCUCCCCCUGCUCCACCACCAUCUGGAUCUGGCACAAGUAAAAUAGACAAAUAUGCCCGAAUUCUCUUUCCAGUCACAUUUGGGGCAUUUAACAUGGUUUAUUGGGUCGUUUAUUUAUCGAAGGACACUAUGGAGAAAUCAGAAAGUCUAAUGUAAUUUUGUUGCUAUAAUAAUUUACUAAAAGGUAAUGAAAAUAGUCUUUUUAAAUGUUUUUAAAGAUAAGUAUUCUUUACUAAAAUAAAAAUCCUAAAUAAUUUUUCCAUUUAAAAAUAUAAAACAAUUACUGGGGCAGAUUAUUCCUCAAUGAAGAGGACGUGAACUAUUUUUCUUUUCAGAGAGAUGAUUAAAAAUGAUCUAUUUAGUGUUCAAAGUAGAUGGAGUACCGACCAUUCUGCAAAGUGGGAAGAAGAGAAAUAGGGGUACCAAAUACAUGUGGUACAUAUUUUGCAUUGGGAUUUGAAAA